AUGGACAGACUUCUUGCUCCUCACACUCCAGAGGCCACCGCUCACUACCACCUCAGCCAAAACAGCUUCAACUGGCACACAGACCAGCCUUCCGUCGACGAGUCUCUCAUCUCGGGAUGCGCUUCUUAUCGUGCCUUUGACCGCUAUCUCUCGGGCAGCGACAUCUUUCUUCUGCCAAGGACCCGCGCCGAAUUGGAGAGCAUCCUGAGAAGAUACGCCUACGACGCAAUCCACAAUGCCAUUGCAAGCAGUCGCUCGCAGCUCCAGACGGGAGGGUACAGUAGGGUCUGUCAUCUCGCCGAAAAGUCCAUUCGCGACGUGCUCAACACCGGAGACAAUGUCGACAUCCUCCUUGCUCUCCAUCGGCCCUCCAAUUCCAAUCAUGAUUCCGAAGAAUGCAAUAAUGCGCGUCCUAUCGCGACCAGGCUGAAGUAA